AUGCAAGGAAGUCCUACAACGUUCCUGCCAAGGACAUUGUUCAGCGAGGACGACGCAGAUUCUGGGGCAGAAACAGAUGCGCACACAGAAGGAGGCUGGGAUGCAGCCAGUGAGGCCAUGAGGAAAGCACAGCGGUCACCGCAGUACCCAUCAGAAAACAGCUUGAGCUCUGAUGAUGAGGAUGGGCCAUUGCACUGGUCAGGUUUCCACGCACAGAUUGAGGCCCUCCUCAAAACAGUGCAGAAGCAACCUCCACGUGAUGGUGUCGACACUGCACAGACCUAUCACAGCCAAUUUUCCAUGGACGAUGGAGACUUCAGCGGCAGCCUUGGCACCAACUCUCAGGCAGGCACAGCUUCAGACGAUGGAGAAUCCAGUGGUGCCGCUUCGGACAGUUCAGCAGAUGAGCUGCUAGCAUACAUGACAGGCAAUACAGCAACCCGCGCAGCAGCAGCAGCAGAACAUGCGGCACAGCAGAAGGCGCACUCCGAGGUGUACGGACACCCACUGCCAUCGUGGCUGUUUGAGCUGGCCACCACUGUGGAUGCCACCAGCGCAUCAGGCAGUCAGGAGGCAACAAUUGCAUCAGGUCCACAUGCCAGCACCACACAGCACCCUAUGCCCGCAUGGGUGCAGGAGGGAACUCCAGGCAGGCUUCAGCCAAAGUCAACACCAGCGGGUGCCAGGAAGGCGCUUCCAGAGUGGCUCACAUCUCCAGCGCGGCCAGCGCAGCCUCACAUGGACGUCAGCGCCGGCAGCUUCAGUGACGUGGCGCAGCUGCCGGAAGCUGUCGCGCACACACCCUUCAAGUCUCUCAUUGAGGAGAUCGAGGCCAACCUGGCGGCAGGCUUUGCCAGCCAGGCGUCAACCUCGUUCUUGUACAACGACGAAGCCGCCAGCCAGCCCGGCAACGAGAGCCUGCACUGGUUCACCAACGAGCUGGCCAGGGCCGCAGCCGAGGCGCAGGAGGAGAUCCCGCUGGGCGGCCCAGCCAGCAGCGUGGAUGGGUUGGCAGGAGACAGUGCGGGGCAGGUGUCAACUGAGGAGGACGGCUGCAGGACGCCUUACCGGCAGCUGCCGGUCUUCCAGGAGGAGCUGGCUGAGCUGGACCCCCUUGCGCACACCACAGAGGCCCUGGAGAGCUUCCCGGCAAAUAAUGCAGAGCUGGACUGCAGAAGCAUCGCAGCCAGCCCGGCAGUGCCAUGCGUGGAUGCAAAGUUGGCAGUGGACGGCAGCCCAGCAAAGCAGUCGGAGGCAGGCGAGGCAUCACCUCUGCCCCAGCAAGGGAGCGGCAGCCCCCUUCCCAGCUACAGAAUCCUGCGCCCCUCUGUCAGCCCUCGCUCCUCUGGACAGCUGCCACAGCCGCCGGGCUGGGGCUUUCUGUGGGGUGAGCCUGCCAGCCAGGAAAAGGGCGGCGCAGAGUCAAGUGAGGCAGACAGCUCAUCUGAUGACGAUGUGCCCUCAGAAGCCGUCCACAUGCUCAGCGGCAGGCGGGUCCUGGGGGAGCUGAACAGCAACAGCCCCCUGGAGCGCAGCUUCGCAGCAGAAGCCCACAAGCCUUCUCCCCGGAUGCAGGUGUUUGAGGAUGACGCCGUGUUGAUCAAGGGAGCCGCCGCCGCGCCGAGGCCAGAUGAGGAUCGGCUGACAGCGGUGUACGCGCAGAUCGAUGCGCUGUCUCGGGACCUGCGCGGCACCCACGACGAGCUGGAGCAGCUGCGCCACGCCGAAGCUCAGCUCAAAGGGAUCUAUGAAGGCAUGGCCCAGCAGCAAAGUUCUCCUGGCGUCACGGCCGCCCAGGGUAGCAUGAGCCCCAUGCUCGGGACAGAGUGGGCAGCACACAUCAGCCCCCAGCAAAUGGUGGAGCUGGAGGCAGCCAAGCGCGUGCUGGCGCAGCGGCUGGACACGCUCAGUGCUGAGCUGGCAGACAAGGACGCUCGCCUGGCGCACAUCACCGCCCAGCUGCACCACGCCAGAGAACAGCUGGCCGCCAAGCAGAGGGAGGCGGAUGUGCUGCUGGGGGAGACGCUGGGGCUGCAGGACGUCCUAACGGAGGCCGGCGCAGAGGCCGCGGCCACGGCGGCUCAGCUGGCUGCCCUAGGAGUGCAGCUGGAGCGCUCCCAGGCCCGUGUGCAGGAGGUGGAGGCUCAGUUGGCAGAGCGAGAGGCGGAGCUGGCGCAGUGCCGCGGGCAGCUGCUGCGCACGGAGGAGCUGCUGGAGAAGGCGCGACAGGCAGCCGCCAAGCAGCUUCUUGCCGACGCCGCGAAGCCGGCAGCUGCACUGCCGCAGACCGGCUCGCCUGCUGGCAAACACGCUGCUGAGAAGGACUUCUCACUCGCAGCAGGGGAUGUGGCUGGGACCGGAGCAGGUCGGGCGAGGCCAUCGUCCGCAGAGGAGCUCAGCCGCGCAAUGGUGACACCGCCGCUGGCCGAGCGCCGAGCGGCCGACCGCGAAGGCUCCAUCGGCCUCACGCCCCCCUUCACACCCUCGCUGGAACCCACACACAGGCAGGCCCCUGCCCCUUUCCCAACAAACCCCUCUUCUAAUGGCAAGUCGCCUGCCUGGGCGGCUGGCACGCCCAUGCUGAGGCCCGGGCAGCCCUUUGCCGCCCAGCGGCCCAGAGCCACUCCCGGAGGCCGCAGCGCUUGGGACAUCCCCUCACCCUCCCCCAUGGGUCCCUCCUCUGCUUCCAAUGCCGCCCUCGCAAGCGUGCUCGCUGCCAUCAGGGCAAGGGAGUGCCGAAAUGAGGGAGAGAAGGGCGUGCGCAUGCUGCAGGCAAGCCUGCCUGAUACACCGCUGGCAAGUGUGCUGCGCCGCAUGAACAGCAGGAGCAGCAUGGAGGGCGCAGCUGUGGUCUGA